CGGGGCGCCGGCUUCGUGCUGCGCAUGCGCUCCACCCCUCCCUGCAGCAACGCUCGUGUCUUGCCCUCACUUCCGGUGGGCGCGUUUCCACUUCCGGGUGGCGCUGGUACCCCCUUCCGGUCUGAGCUAAGAGGCUUAGCGGGGGCGGCGGCAAGGACUCUUUUAGAGCAUGUGAAGAAAUCCCGGGAGCCUGAGUUCCAGCAUGUGGUAUAUUAUGCAAAGCAUUCAGAGUAAAUACUCCCUGUCGGAGCGCUUAAUCCGGACCAUCGCGGCCAUACGCUCUUUCCCGCACGAUAAUGUGGAAGACCUGAUCGGCAGGGGAGCGGACGUGAACUGCAUGCAUGGCACCCUGAAGCCGCUGCACUGCGCCUGCAUGGUGGCUGAUGCUGACUGCGUCGAACUACUGCUGCAGAAGGGGGCAGAGGUCAAUGCCCUUGAUGGGUACAACCGGACAGCCCUCCACUAUGCAGCUGAGAAAGAUGACACAUGCGUGGAAAUCCUGCUGGAAUAUGGUGCAAACCCCAACGCGCUGGAUGGGAACAAGGACACCCCGCUGCACUGGGCUGCUUUCAAGAACAACGCCGAGUGUGUGCGUGCCCUGCUGGAGAACGGCGCCUUUGUCAAUGCCCGGGACUACAACAACGACACGCCCCUGAGCUGGGCCGCCAUGAAGGGGAACCUGGAGAGUGUGAGCAUCCUCCUCGACUUCGGUGCUGAGGUGCGGGUUGUAAACUUGAAAGGGCAGACGCCCAUCUCUCGCCUGGUGGCGCUGCUGGUCCGGGGACUGGGCACUGAGCGCGAAGACUCCUGCUUUGACCUUCUCCACCAAGCUGUCGGGCACUUCGAGCUGCGGAAGAAUGGGAACAUGCCCCGGGAGGUGACGCGGGAUCCCCAGCUCUGUGAGAAACUCACAGUACUCUGCUCGGCCCCCGGGACCCUAAAGACGCUGGCUCGCUACGCCGUGCGCUGCAGCCUGGGCGUGCAGUUCCUGCCAGAUGCCGUGAAGGAGCUCCCCUUGCCCCAGUCCCUGAAAGAUUAUCUCUUGCUCCUUAGAUAAGGGAGAGGCGAAGCACUAGUGGAUUCUGGCCUGGAUUCCUGGCCCCAGUCCCUGUGCUGUGUGGGGACAGUGGUAGUAGCUAGAUGUGUGGCUUGGUCUGUGACUUCACGCGCGCUGGGUUCCUCACCCUCGCUCUGACGGGCAGGCUCUUGACCAAUUGCUGUGCAAGAUUCCCCCCUUCACGUUCUAGAGCUCCUUCUGCUUUGUCCAGCUGAGUCCUGCUGCAGAGCAGUGCCUGGGAUGGCAACCUCCACCGUGAUGUCUGGUUCCGUUUGUGUCUUAAGAGGCAAAACCCCUUGUGCUUUUCCAGCAGGUGCCUGUUCUGCCCUUGCCCCCUCAGGGUUUCUCUUCAGUUCCAAGGUCCUGCCUUCUCCUAUGGCAUAGCUCAUCUUCCCUGCCACUGCAUCUAACCUGCCUUCUUGAGACUUCAGUAGAGAGAGGCCUUCUCUGGUUGGCUGAGCAAGUAGACAAAGGGGUCUGUUCCCUUUGGAGGCAUCAAUAUGGAGUAACAAAGAAAGGAGCAUGGGAAGAACCUGGGUAAUGGUGGUUGAUGUGACCCGCUGUAGCAAGUGUGUAUGGGGGCAGUUAGCAUCCAUGUGGUUUCAGCUGAGCCAGCUGGGCAAAGAGCAGGCCUCCAACUUGGUGCGAGACCCAUUGAUGGUUUAGUUCUAAACCAGGAACAGGCACCCUAGGCAUGUGUAUUACGUGUGUGUUCUGCAUAGCGAGGGGAAGGUAACACUAUCCCAUGGCCCACAUGCACAUGUACUUGAUGCUGUCAGCACCAUGUCUCCCACACCACCGGCUCUCACAGCUCCAGCCCAGCGCCCUAUUGGGAGCAGAAAUGGCCGAGAAGAGACAUACACUCUGGUCUCUCCUCCCCAGCACGCUCUGCUUUUCCUGCUCAGAAUCCUCCAGAGGCAUCAGCUCUGGUUGUGGGGGAAGGAACAUAAUUGCUCCGAGCAGUAGAAAGGGCAUCAGCUCCUUGCAUCGAUACAAAUCGUGUCAACACAGGGACACUUGGAAAUAACUAGAGUCGGUUAAAGCAUAUUUAUAUCUCUGCGUGGACUGUCUCACAGUAAUGCCUCUUCAUGCUUGGCCCUAACAAACAGCUCCACAGAACCUCCACUUCAAGCAGAUCAAGCCAUCUUCUGAAAGAAGAAAAUGCCAAAGUGCAGUGAGAGUUUGCACCUUCUCUGGAGUUUGCACCAAGAACACACCUCUCACCUCUUCUGGGCACGUGUGUGGUACUCUGCACUACCAGUUCCAAUGUGGCCUGGUGCGUUUGCACCCUGGAACAGCAUGGGUGGUUCACAGCUCAUCGUCCCAGGAGUUUGGGCCUCUCUGGAACACUCAUUCACACAGUAACAGGUUUGAAAUUUGGCACCGUCCUACACCCCAUUUCACAAACUUAGGAUGGCAACAGAUACAAGUGCUCAUGGCGCUUUGCUGGGGGAAACCAGACAGAAAUCAAGCAGUGCCAUUUGUCUGGUACCACGUCUCCAUUGUGAACGGGACGUCGCCAACAACUGAGGGUGGCAAUGUGCAACCUGAUAGAACCCUCCAACACAAGGAAACCACAGAGUUGAAAUGCUUCUCUUAAGAAUGAACAGACUUUGCCGAGAAUAGCGUGGCCCCCCUCCUUCUGGUUUCCCUAGCGAUUUGUCGUGGCUGUCUGUGUUUUCUGUUGACAGAAAUAAAUCACUCAACACAA